AUCCCCUCCCGAGUUGCUAGGGUAAUUUCGCCGCCCGCCGCCGCCGCCCCCAAUCCCCAGCUGAGCAGGAGCCGGUCCAGUUGCCGUCGGCGGCGGUCGACCUCCGCCGGGGGGAAGAAUGAAGCCGGUGGUGGGGAUCGUGGUGUCGAACAAGAUGCAGAAGUCGGUGGUGGUGGCCGUCGACCGCCUCUUCCACCACAAGAUGUACAACCGCUACGUCAAGCGGACCUCCAAGUUCAUGGCGCACGACGAGACCAACGACUGCAGCAUCGGCGACCGGGUUAGGCUUGAUCCUUCUAGGCCCUUGAGCAAAAAUAAGCACUGGGUUGUUGCGGAGAUUCUUCGCAGAGCUAAGGUGUAUUCUCCGGCAGCUGCUGCAGAAGCUUCUGCUCAACUCGGUGCAACAAUUCAACAGGCUGAAGCUGCUAGCAAAUCAUCAACAUAAAGUUUGUCUGAGGCUUAGACACAUGUGUCGUUUGGUUUCCUCAGUUCAUUUCCUUGUGGAUGUAAUGUUCAAUCUGACUUGCAUAUGGAAAGAGAAAUGCCACCGUUGCUGUAAUUUCUAGCUGAAUUUAGUUUGUUGUUCUGCAUGUUCA